AUGGCCGAAGGUGCAGGUCCAUACCCGUCUUUAGGGAACCGUCCCCUGAAAGACACAAUUUGCCUUUUCGACGUCGACAAUACGUUGUCCCUCCCGAGAAUGGGUGCUACGCAGAAAAUGCUAGAGCUCCUCUCCCAACUGCGCCACAAAUGUGCUAUUGGAUAUGUUGGUGGAUCGGACUUUGCUAAGCAGCAAGAGCAACUCGGCUCGGCCACUACAAAUGUCACAUCUCUCUUUGACUUUUGCUUCCCAGAAAACGGCUUGACUGCGUUCCGCCUGGGACGGCCCCUCCCUGGUACCAGCUUCAUUGAGUGGAUCGGGGAGGAGAGAUACCAGGAGCUGGUUAACUUCUGCCUCAGAUACAUUGCGGACCUAAAAAUCCCUAAGAAACGGGGUACUUUCAUUGAGUUUCGCAACGGAAUGAUUAACGUUAGUCCCAUCGGCAGAAAUGCUAGCUUCGAUGAAAGAAAUGAGUUUCAAGCAUUUGAUGAUGUGCAUCAAAUCCGUCGGAACUUGGUAGAAGCCCUCAAGAAGAAGUUCCCCGAUUGGGGCCUUACCUACUCUAUUGGCGGUCAGAUCUCCUUCGAUGUCUUUCCCACUGGCUGGGACAAGACCUACUGUUUAAAGCACGUCGCUGCUGAGAAACAGAUCUCGGGCGUGGAGUAUAGGACCAUUCACUUUUUCGGAGACAAAUGUUUCGAGGGCGGCAAUGAUUACGAGAUCUACAGCGAUCCUAGAACGAUUGGUCACGCCGUUCUAAAUCCCGAUGACACCAUGGGAAAACUGAAAGAGCUGUUCCAGCUAUAG